CGCGACGAUUCAUUUCUCGCGUUGGCGAUGGAACUCGUCGGUGGGUAGGAUUUGCAAAUGGAGGUCGCGGAAAAAGCUUAGACAUUGAACGACAAUAGGUACAUUUACACCAUGUCAGACUCUCUUUAUGAAAAGUUUCUGGCCCCAGAGGAGUAUGAGAAGUUUCUGGCCCCAGAGGAGCCGUUCCCUCUUCUCUCCCAGAGAGCCAACCUCAGCGAUGUGGGGACCCUGGACGUCAGUGAUUUCAGCUGUCAGCUCUCAUCCUGUCAUAGGACUGACCCCCUACGCCGCUUCCAUGGCAACAGGUGGAACCUCACUUCCUGUGGCACAAGCGUGGCCAGCUCCGAGUGCAGCGAGGAGCUCUUCUCUUCUGUAUCUGUGGGUGACCAGGAUGAUUGCUAUUCCCUGCUGGAUGACCAAGAGCUGACAUCCUUGGACCUCUUUCCCGAGGGCAGUGUUUGCAGUGAUGUCUCCUCCUCCAUCAGCACCUACUGGGACUGGUCAGAUAGCGAGUUUGAGUGGCAGCUGCCAGGAAGUGACAUCACGAGCAACAGUGAUGUUCUGUCUGACAUCAUCCCGAGUAUCCCCAAUUCACCUUGUUUGGUUCCCAAAAGGAAACCAAAGCCCCACCCUCACCGUAACCUGGAUGAGUUGCCGUGGAGCGCGAUGACCAAUGAUGAACAAGUGGAAUACAUCGAGUACCUGAGUCGUAAGGUCAGCACAGAGAUGGGCCUGCGAGAGCAACUGGACAUCAUUAAGAUCAUCGACCCCUGCGCUCAAAUCUCCCCCACGGACAGCGAGUUCAUCAUUGAGCUCAACUGUCUCACUGAUGAGAAACUCAAGCAGGUACGUAACUACAUCAGAGAACACGGCCCGAGGCAGAGGGCCAGCAGCACCAGGGAGGCUUGGAAGAGGAGCAGCCACAGCAGCGCCAGCGCGAGCGGCAUCAGCGGGGCCAGCAGCAGUAACGCCAGCAUGGUCAGCUCGGCCAGCUCCUCCACCAGCUCCACGGCCUCCAACUCUGUCGCAGGUGGAACAGCUUCCGCCUGCAGCGGAAGCAGUGUUGCUAACAUUAGCAGAGCCCACAGCGAUGGCAAUCUUUCCAGCGCUGCCGAACGCAUCAGAGACUCCAAAAAACGUUCGAAGCAGCGCAAGCUCCAGCAGAAGGCUCUGCGCAAGCGUCAGCUGAAGGAACAGCGUCAGGCCCGCAAGGAGCGUCUGAGCGGCCUGUUCCUUAAUGAGGAGGUGCUAUCGCUGCGGGUAACCGAGGAAGAUGACCACGGUGACGACCUGGACAUACUCAUGUGACACCAGUGAAGGAAUCAGUGCUCCCUCUAACGCCUACUCUUGCCACUGUAGAGAUUAGCAUGCUUACUUAGUUUAGUGUCAGACAACGCCACCCUUUGACUUUGCUGUUACGAAGAUCUUCGAGGAGCGAGUGAUAAACAUGGUCACUUUGACAGGGUUUGACGAUUCCUUCCAAAACGUGGGGGAUAUUUGGGCUGACGUGACAUUUCAGCAUGAAACUAAAAUGCACUUUAACUGUGCAGGUGGAAUAUUAAUUCUUAAUGUGUCCCAAAUAGGGUAACACAGUAAACUCCACGCACCUCCCCAAAAUAAAAUAAUUAUUAUUGUGCAAAAAAAAAAAAAAAAAAUACAUAUCGCCCUCUACUGUUGUCUGAAAAUGACAUCAAGGUGCCAUCGCGAACUUCAACAGUUCACCUGUUUUCUGGCUUUGGCCUCGUGGUGUUCACAAUGCAAACCUGAGGGAAGGUUGACAUUAAUUUCAUUGGACAGCACAGGACGGUAUAAGAUAAACUGGCAGAGUUCUGAGAUGAAUGAUUCAUCUGUGUUAUUCUGAUUCCUCCAACACAAUUUUAAUCAAAUGACCAUCUAUAAUUGUAAAGAUUUUUUUUUUUUGCCAUGAUGUCCCCUUUAAGAGCAAAAUUCAAAACAGGCUGAUGAUCCACUAAUCGAAAUUGUGAAUUUUGCCGUUCAGCUCCCUGUACCAGAACCAUAAGUUGAGCAAAAGUAAGGAUGUUCGGUCCCACUUUUUUUUUUCAACGCUAGAUACCAAUAUGAAUAUUCACGCUUUGAGUGUUCACCGAUACCAAGUACAGAUAUUUGUGCUUCUUUUGAUCUAUACAAUUUCAUUUAUCACAAUGGAACAUUUUGAUAAAGAUGAUGAUUCACCAAUGUGCCAAUCUGCCGCAGUGUAGCACCAAAAACUGCUAAGAAGUUAUUUGACUUCUGUUUUUUUCCUCCCUUGCCUUAAGUCUCAGUGGCUGGUAUCGGCAGCUUCCGUGAGUACCCGAUACCUUAAAAUAAGGCCAGUAUUGCCCAAUACCGAUACCUGUUACCACUACUCGCCGAUCCCUAGCAAAAAGUACUGAACCAUGAAACAGUUUGACACUUAGGGAUAACUAAAUUAAGCUCACCGGUAAGGGUUACUGUGCAUUUUGGAUUCAUCCUGAAAUUUCACUGCUUAAGUCCAACAUUUUUGUGAGUUAAUGUACAUCUAAAUUUGGCUACUGUAAGUUGAGAAGCUUGGACAUUAUAGAAGCUGAAUUUAGCUGCGCUAAGCUAACCCGCUGCUAACUGAGACUUCAGGUGGAAGGACAGAAGCGGACUAUGCUGAGCUAGAUCCGCGCUGUUCUUCUAGCUUAUGGUUCCAUUCCAUCGUCAAGGCUUAGGUGGAGCACUGAACACACUGCAUGUUAUCGCCGGCGCCUCCUCUAUAUGAUUCAGUAAACUUCAGCGGUCCUCCUUUUCCACUACAGCCGUUAACCAAAUGUAUGUGUGCUGUAAAUAAAUGCAUAUUUACUGCCUGUUUCUGCUUAUCCCCAGCGGUAAAGGUUUAAUUCAGUGUUUUCCCUCUCCCUUUGUGUGUCUUGCAAGAGUAGUGGCGCUAUUGAAAUUAAUCAUAGUUAGACUUGUUUUGUAUUUGUUUAAACCUGGUUUCCCUCCUGAUAGCACUCUGAAUGUAAUUCUACCACGCUCAGUGAAUGAAUUGACGGUCUCCCGCAAGUCUUAGGACAGGUUAGUGUGCUCAUGUCUUGGACACAGCUGCCAUGGUUUCUGAUUUCUAACAUCAGGCUAGUAAUACUACUGUUUGAUGUACAAUGUUUGAUGGCAUUGUAAGUAACAACCUUUUUGUUCUCUCAACUUCUACUGUGAUGUGUUGAACCACUUAACAGCCUUGAUACUUUAUCAUAUACUCUAGCUUUGGCUCUCACCUCCCCUGAAUAUUUUUUUUUAAAUUGCAGCAAUUCUUUUCAAUGCAGUUAUAUAUAUAUAUAUAUUCUGUAGUGUUUUAGUAGUAAAAUUCUAUUUUGGGAAAAAAAAAAGUCAGAUAAUUUUGAAAAGAAAAAAGUAACAGUGUGAUGCAGUGAAACUGUAAAUAAUCUUUUGCUGAUUAUAACAUUAAAAUGAUGAGAAAACAUGUC